UCAGUUUUAUUAUUGUUUUAUUAUUAUUAUUAUUAUUAUUGUUUUAUCAUAUUGAUACAUAUAUAUACAUACAUACAACUGGGAGAUCGGAACAAAGCAUUAAGAACCAUACCGCGAGUGGAGCCACGUGUCCCCCCCACUCCCAUUGUAACAUCAGCGCAGCUUCUGUGGAAAUCGCCCGUCACUACGGACAGACCCGAAUUUUGCGAAUGGCCUCUUUAGAACUCCAGAAUCUAGCGGAGGAAAGGAAGAUGGCCGCUGAGACCCUCAAUUUUGGACCAGAAUGGCUCCGCGCACUAUCCAGCGGGGGGAGCGUCACGUCCCCCCCUCCCUCUCCCGCGAUGCCAAAGUACAAGCUCGCCGAUUACCGAUAUGGGCGGGAGGAGAUGUUAGCACUUUAUGUUAAAGAAAACAAGUUCCCAGAGGAGAUGCAGGAUAAGGAGUUUGCUGCUAUACUCCAGGAAGAGCCUUUGCAGCCGCUGGCCCUGGUGCCUCUGACAGAGGAAGAGCAGAGGAACUUCUCGAUGUCUGUAAACAGUGUGGCUGUGCUGAGGCUGAUGGGGAAAGGAGGGGCAGCGAUCCCAGGUGGAGUGGCCAGGGGGAGGGGAACCACGAGAGGAGGGAGAGGUCGCGGGAGAGGCGAUGGCAGUUUCUACCAAAGAAGUAUUGAAGACUCUGACGUGGGCUUCAGCCGCAGCGGCGGCAGGGAGAUUCACAGGAGCCAGAGCUGGGACGACAGAGGAGAAAGGAGGUUUGAAAAGCCGAUUCGAAGAGAUGCAGACCAGAGGAAUGAAGAGAAGACUGCGCUCUCUGUUGUCUCCAAAAUUGUCCGGUUGGGCUUUGAAGAGGCGGUGGCAACGGGGGUCCGCAAGGAAUACACACGCUCGGACAGCGAGAACUGGCGCACCCUGCGGGAGGAGCAGGAGGAAGAGGAGGCAGCCGAAGGGGGCGGGAACAGCUGGAGACUAGCGGGGGUCCGCAGAGACGACGGGGGUCCCAGGUCCGCGGGCUGGCGGGAGCACGUCGGGGAGCGGAGGCGGAAGUUCGAUUUCGAUUUCCGGGAGCACGGUGAGGAGCGGGGGGCGCGGAGACUGCGUGUGAACAGCGAGGGCUUCGAGGAGGACAGGGACGGGCUGCCGGAGUGGUGCAUGGACGACGAGGACGACGAGAUGGGGACCUUCGACUCCUCUGGAGCCUUCAUGUCCCUCAAGAAGAGCUCGAAGGAUCCGAUCCCAGAGGAGCAGGAGCUGGAAUUCCAGGGCGUGGAGGAGGAGGAGGAGGAGCAUCCCGAAGGCAGGAAAGAUUCCCGGGAAUACGGCUCGGAGCCGGAACGGAAGGACAGCCCUGAGAAAGAUGGGCAGGUUGCUGUGUGUGCACUGGACAGUGCUGUGAACUGUCCUGCGCCCCCCUCCCCUCCAGCAGUGUCCGUGACCCCCGGACAGAACUCCCUGUCUCCCGGGGAGGUGGAGACCCCGCCACCGGCUCGGCCAGACCCGCUGGACACCGCCCCCCCAUCUGCCAAGGGAAUCAAACUACCCUCUGAAGAGAGUGGGUCCCUCGGGCUAGUGGCUGCCCAGCUCAGUCCCAGCACCUCCUCCAUCCUCUCCUCCUCCCCUCCCUCCUCUGCUGCUAUCCAUUUCACCACUGGGGGGGACAACGAGGACGAGGACGGGAUGAGCCACCUGCAACAGGAGGCGGAGAAGAUGGUGGCCUCCCUGCAGGAGAACUCCCUGGAGGAGGAGCGCUUCACCCACACCAUGCGGGAGAGCAGGAACACCGCGGCCGCGCUGCCCCUGUCGCACGAGGCUGCCAUGAAGUGGUUCUACAAGGAUCCGCAGGGAGAGAUCCAAGGACCCUUCACAACCCAGGAGAUGGCGGAGUGGUUUCAAGCCGGGUAUUUCACCAUGACCCUCCUGGUGAAGAGAGGCUGUGACGAGGGCUUCCAGCCCCUGGGAGAAGUCAUUAAAAUGUGGGGACGAGUGCCUUUUGCUCCUGGACCAUCGCCUCCCCCGCUGCUGGGUAAUAUGGACCAGGAGAGGCUGAAGAAACAGCAGGAGCUGGCAGCAGCUGCCCUGUUCCAGCAGCUCCAGCAGCAGCAGCAGCUAUUCCAGCUCAUCAACAGGUGUGGGGAGCAGGGGUUGAUUCCUCCUAUUAACAGAUCAAUGUCAGUGCCAGACACAGGGUCCCUGUGGGACAUGCAUACCUCAGCUUCACAGCAACCAGGCAGUGAAGCCAGUUCGUGGGAUUUAACAAUGAAUUCUUCUACUCAGGGUCCAAUUCUAGAACAGCUUCAAAUGGAGAGGCAAAAACUUCAGCAAGAAAGGCGAGACGCAGAACUCAGGGCUAAGCGCGAGGAGGAGGAGAGGAAGAGGAGGGAGGAGAAGCAGCGCAGGCUGCAGGCGGAACAGAAACGGUGCGAGGAGGAAGAGCUGUUCAGGAGGAAACAGUGCCGGCAGCAGCAGGAGCUGAUCAUGAAGCUUCUCCAGCAGCAGCAGCAGGGGCCCGCGGGCUCCUCCGUGUGGAGCAGCAUGCCCAAGCAGGGCAAGACCCUCCUGGAGCUGCAGCAAGAGACCGAGAGGCAGCUGCAGAAGCAGAGAGGAGGCCUGCAGAGAGCCGGGCACGGAGGUCUGGGUCUGUCUGGAGGCAACGUGUCCAGCAUGGCUGGGCAGUGGGGCAGCGAUCAGGGUGCCAUGUGGGGGGCCGGAGGGGGGCACGAGGGCAAGAACAGCAGCAUGGGCAUGUGGGACGAGGCCCUCAAGAGCCAGGCGUCAGUCCUCCGAAACCUGGGGCUCAAGACCAGUCGGAGCAGCCCCUCUCUCAGACGCAAGACGGAGGAGGAGGAGAAGCUGCUGAAGAUGCUGCAGGGAAUGCGGUCGCAGGACGGCUUCACCACCUGGAGUGAGCAGAUGCUGCAUGCCCUGAACAGCAGCACCAGCACCAGCAACCUGGACGUCUCCAGCAUCGUCUCGUAUCUGAAGGAGGUAGAGUCCCCCUACGAGGUCCACGAUUUUAUCCGCUCCUACCUGGGAGACACCCUGGAAGCCAAAGAGUUUGCCAAGCAGUUCCUGGAGCGCCGUGCCAAACAGAAAGCCAACCACCAGCGCCAGCAACAGCAGCUGUCAAAGGAAGUGGCUGGACUGACCAUGAACUUCCCUCUACAGGAUGCCAUGCGCGGUCUGAACCCCAGCAGUCUGCAGGCUGUGUUCCAGUCCAAUCACUGCUCCUCCAAGCAGGCUGUGUACGAGAGCGAUCCAUCCAGCAAGAUGAAGAAGAAGCAGCACCUUGGACUGCACUCGGACCCCAGCAUCCUGGGAUAUUCUUUCCGUAACCCCCCAGACAGGAUGAACCUGAGUGAGAUCGAGCUUUUGGAGGACUACUGAACUCUUGCAAUAGAAUCUGCUGCCUGUGUCAUUCCAGUCUUUGCUGAAGAAUGUGCACUGUAGGGGGGUUACUGUUAGGUUACAGAGAGAGGAGGGGGGGGGGGGGGACUUUUCACUUUUAAAAUAUAUAUAAAGGUAAAAUUUAACACCCCCCCGUAGGCACUUGUCUAUUACACAAAGCACCUUAAAAAAAAAAACAAGCUAAUGCACUUUACAAAGAUUUUUUGUUAUUCAUUUUUUUCUUUUUUUAAAAAUC